AUGGAGUACGCGCCAUCAACCCAGAAAUCGUAUCUCCACCGCAUGGCCCCCGAGCUGAUUUGCGCUAUAUUAUGCAGUGUAGAAGGCCUUGAUGGGUUACUCUGCGCUAUCUUGAGUUGUCAUUUGUUCUAUAGUGUAUUCUCUAGGACGCCGUCCGCCAUUAUACAUCAAGUCUUUUUCAACGAGCUGAAUACGCACCAUGUGCGCCGUGAAGCAAUCGCUACGCUCUACGCCUCGAAACUAGCCCUAGUCAACCCGACGAUUUCGAUAAUCCGGGUCUUCUUCCAAGACCAUUUCCAGCAGAGGAAGGAAUUCGACACCCAGCUCACAAUCGAAGAGGCAGCUGGGGCCUCGAGACUACACGCUGUGGUAUCCAGCUUGGCCGAGGACUUCUCCAAGACGACAUUCCCAGAACUUGCUGCGGCCUGUGGGCACGCUUCUGAUACUCUAGAACUUCUAGCUUCUGAGAAGGCACGGAUAAUGCGUGCGCUGUACAUGGCUGAGACCUUCUUCAACCUCUUCCGCACCACCUCCAGCAACAUAACAGAGGCCGUACAACGUCAGUGCAUGAACGAAUUCCUUGUUCAUUUCGCACCCUUGGAGAUUGAGCAGCUUGCCUGUAUCCAUGAUUUUCUCUUCCGCAAAGUUUCUCCAGUUUUCAAUGAUGUGGCAGCUCAUGAUGUUCUUUGGGGAGAGUUCCAGGUAGAGCCUGCUCUGUGGCUCGGCUCGCCUGAGCUGCAAUUCUUUCUCUUCAAGGGCUUAGGUGCCAUAAGGAGGAUAGCGGCAGCAAAGACGUAUGCGGAACAACAAAAGCUCUUCAACGGCAUUCCAGGUACCCGACACCUCAAUCUUCAUAGAGCACUGAAAGACUUCAGCUACAAGGAGUCCACCACAGAAGACGAUUCGAUUCCCAGCUUCGCAACGUCGGAGGACUAUGACCAAGGCCCGUUUUUAAUAUGGAAGCGGGCCCAGAAACUAGGAACUCUAACGAACCGAGCGAUGCUACGGAGUUUGGGAUAUGUGAUGUGGAACCAGGAGCGUCUCGACAAUUUGGGCAUCUUGCAGGAGCAAGAAUGGCAGCUGCAGCGCCUGGUCAGAGAUUCUUUACCCAACGAUAGUCCGGUUCAUGAGGUCACCGAUGAGAGAUGGCUGGCGUCAUGGCGAGAGAGGUCGCGCAUACACGAGCAAGGGGGCACAGGGUGGUGGGAUUUUGAUGAUGAGUCACAGGUUGUAUGGCCGGAACGGAAGAGGAGAUCAACUACCGACAACACGCCAACAUCGUUGGACGAGGCCAAAAGAGCUAUCCUUGCGUUGAAACGGGUUUGA